CUAAACCCACAACAGUAAAAAUCAGUCUGUAUAUGCAGUAAAGCAUGCUUGCUAUACUUACUGUGGAACCUAAGGGGUUAAUCCUCUGCAUUGUGUACAAAUGCUGUUUGAUCCUGUCUUCUCUGUCCCCAAUCCAUCUGCUGAUAUAACAGAGCCUUGUGGGCAAGCUAUAUAUGCUCAGUUUGAUGUGUAUUUCUAGAGAGUUUUUUUUUUCUUGGAAGAGUGCGUGUGAUCGGCACAGGGCCCAUCAUCGCUGCCUAGACAGAGGGUCAGGGGUCCUGCAGCCUCAUGGGACA